CACGCCAUCCGCCGGCUCAUAUAAAGGUAGCACGACUUACAGGCCGUCUUCGGGCUGUUCAUUUGUUCUUGUUGAUGGUGAGACUGUGCGAGAGAAGGAUGAAGUUCCUUGUGGCUGUUACAAUCAUUGUGGGAUCCCUGAUUUUUCUCGCUUUCCCAAAUGGCUCAUCCGCUGACGAGAAGAAGAAAGGCCCCAAAGUGACGGCGAAGGUGUUCUUCGACAUUAGAAUUGGAGAUGAGGAUGUUGGACGGAUUGUCAUCGGAGUGUUCGGCAAAACUGUUCCCAAAACAGUUGACAACUUUGUGGCGCUGGCAACAGGAGAGAAAGGAUUUGGAUAUAAGGGCAGCAAAUUCCACAGAGUCAUCAAGCAGUUCAUGAUCCAGGGUGGAGACUUUACCAGAGGAGAUGGUACUGGAGGCAAGAGCAUCUAUGGAGACCGUUUCCCCGAUGAGAACUUCAAGCUGAAGCACUACGGCCCUGGCUGGCUCAGCAUGGCCAAUGCUGGCAAAGACACCAACGGCUCCCAGUUCUUCAUCACCACAGUUAUGACUUCGUGGCUGGACGGCAGACAUGUCGUCUUCGGAAAAAUUCUGGAGGGCAUGGCUGUGGUGACAUGCCGGUUCCCACGAUCUCCUGCCCUUCCUCCAGAGUUACUGCUUGCUCACCGCUCUGGACAGGAAGACGGUGCAAUAAGGCCACUGAGAACAGCUGAGGUGGAGGAUUACCCAUGA